CAAGCUGCAGGAGCAAAGUUUUUGAGCAAAGGAUGUGGUUCAUCUAUGAGGAGCAAUUUAUCAAUGCUUCAUAAAUUUUUGUUUGUGGGUGAUUAUUUCAAUUUUAUUUACCAAGUGCUUCAGUUUUAUUAAAGAUGGCAACUGAUAGUUAUCCUCAUACGAAAUAUAAAACAAUGGAGAAUGUUCUUCAGAAAAUAAACAACAAAUUCAUCGCUUUACCAGAAGAAGAAACUAAGCGAAAUACAAUCAUUUUGGAUAAGGUAACAGAACAAUUAAUAGAAAAGAUGAAAGAUGGGAAUGUACUAUUCAACAAAAUGUUCCAAAAAAUCUUUUAUGGAGGAAGUUAUUAUGAUAAAUUGAAGGUUGGAAAACCAGAAGAAUACGAUUUAGAUUUCCUACUCAUUUUUCCUGAAAAUGGGAAACCUGCUAUAGAAGUUAGCGAUAAACCGGGGUUUGUGAAUGUCGUGAUAAAUAAUUAUCGGGACAUAUCUAGCACGAACAUCAAUGAGAAAAAGUGCGAUAAAUACGAGAGUUUGUUGGUAGAAACAAAAUAUCUCUCAACAUUAGAAGUGCUUAAAUGGUUUGAAAAAGUAUUAGAUAAGGCAUUGAAGGAGUUUCUAAAAGUUGAAGGUGAAGGCCAUUUAUUUAAAGUGAAGUUAAAUGUCGAAGAUGAAUUGGACGUUUAUGGAACCCUUGUGAAAGCAUUUCCAGCGUUCACACUUAAGUUGAAAUCUAAAGAUAUCAAGUUGGAUUUGGAUCUGGUUCCAUGUUUUCAAUUUACCGAUAGUGAUUGGCCAAAGGAAAAUUAUAAACCAAAUCCAUUUCCUCAGAAGAAGACAUUCGUGGUAGUUCCUAAAAGUCCUAAAUGUGAAGGAGAACAAAUUAAAGGCAUUGUAAAAUAUUGGCGGCUUUCGUUUCAAGAACAGGAGAGACUUAUUUUGACAGGAGAUCAAUACAACAACAUGAAAGCUGUUCUCAGGUUAUUGAAAAAACUGAGAGAUCAAAAGAAUCACAAAAUCGCCAGUUAUUAUAUAAAAACAAUGUUUCUAUGGGAAGUUGAUACACGCGAGCCCGCCUUUUGGUCUCAAUCAUUGAGUGUUGUCUUCAUGGAGAUGUUAAGAAAAUACGAAGAAUUAUUGCGGAUUAAAAACAUACCAUAUUAUUGGAAUUCGGAUUAUAAUCUAAUUGCUCAUUUAAAAGAAGUUACCAUUAUCGGUAUUGCUAAUUUUAUAAAAAAAGUUAUAGAGAACGUUGACAGGAGAAUAACAGAAGAUCCUUUCGUGAUUGCAACUUACAUACUAUGCGAAGAAGACGUGAAAGAAUUGAAAAAAGAAGUUGAUGUAGGAAAAAAGAAUAAAAAACUCAUAGGUACCCAAUCAUCUUCAUUGGUAGACACCGUUGAGAAGAGUGAACAGUUGGAGAAAAUAAUGGAAUCUCUAGAUUCUUUACAUCAAAAAUUAGAUCGUUUGAUAAACUGGAAUAUUGAUUUGGAGGGAAAAAUAAAACAAAUUGAUGAAAAAGUAGAAAACGAGACUCUUUCAAUCCAUAUAAAGAUCUGUUUAAUUUUAAAACUGGUGAUUUUGACUCUAGACCAGAUGGUGCAUAGAUAUAUACUUCAUUUUCCAAAUAACCAUUAAAAAAAGCCAUUGGAAUGUCCUACUGUCUUAUUUUAAAAUUUUGUUACAAUGCAAUUGAUAGAAUCAAUCUUAUGGUUAACAUUCGAGCAACAGGUGAGUAGACAGGUUCAAAUAGAUGCUUCUCCUUCAUCUGAAAGCCUCUAUCCACCACUCUUGCCUUCCUCGUUCCAUCUUCCUUUGUUCCGUAUACCCAUUUAGUCUCAAUUGCUGUUUUUCCUGUAGGUAGAUUCGCUUCAGACCACGUUUUCAAAUUUUCGUGCGAGUUCAACUCCUUUUCGAUAGCAUCUCUCCAAUCUUUCACUUUCACUGCAUCUUCAUAUUGUACUGGAUCAUUAUCUGAUGAUAUUAGACAGUAGGCUGUAUAAAUCUCGUACUCAUUAAAAUGUUUUAGCAUAUUCACAGUUCUCCCGCUAGAGGUUGUAUCUGUUCUUGGUAAAUACUCUUCAAAAUCAUUUAAAACAUCUGAACUUCCGGAAUCUUCCAAAGUUAUUUCUUCUGAGUCACUCUCUUCUUCGAAUUCAAUUUCAAUGUUAUCUUCUUUAUCCCUUAAUUCAGUUUCUUCAUCAAAUCUUAUUCUUAUUUGUUCAUUCGCAUAGUCAGUUUUUUGCUUCGAUAUUUCUUCGAAAUUCGUUUGUUUUUCAUUAAAUUUCACAUCUCUUGAGCAGAAAAUUUCACAUUUUCCAUUAUCCCAUAAUCUAUAUUCAGCUCCACUGUACCCACCAUUAUACACGGUUGUGCUUGUCUAUUUAGUUUAGUUUGUCUUGGCAAAAUAGUUGUCCAUACCUGAGACCCAAAAAUUCUCAAUCUUGAUAGAUCGUUGUGACCAUACCAUCGUGCGGCUGGAGUUUCUCCAAAAUUUGCCUCAGUAGGCGAUCUGUUUAACUCAUAUGCAGAACAUAGAAUUGCUUCGCCCCAUAACUCUCUUGGUUUCUGAAAACUUUGUCCUUACCUUAUCUAAAAGUGUCCGAUUCAUCCGUUCUGAAAUACCAUUCUGCUGCGGAGUAUGUGGCAUCGUAUACUCCAGCUGAAUCCCUUUAGAUUUACAAAAUUUUUUAAAGUAAUUAGAGGUAAAUUCUCCCCCAUUGUCCAAUCUAAUUCUUUGAGUUCUAAGCCCAUGUUUCCUUUUAAUGUGUUUAAUAAAAUCUAUAACAUUUUGUUCGCUUUCAUUUUUAUCGUUCAAUAGCUUAACAACUAAAAAAUGAGAAUAAUCAUCAAUUAAAACUUGAAAAUACUUGUAACCUUCUGGCGUAGGCGUUUUUACUGGACCUGCUAUAUCUGUAUGUAUCAAUUCCCUAUUUUUGUAGUUUUCUUUCCACAUCUAUUAAAAGGGUUUCUAGUACCUUUACCUUCAAUACAAUUUUUACUAACUUCUGAACUAUAAGGUAACCCUAAUUUUUUUUAAACUAUAUUUAUUAAUAUGUCCUAACCUCCUGUGCCAAAUAUCUUUAUCAUCAUUUUCCUUAUUAUAAAAACAUUUAUCAUUUCCUGAAUCUACAUUCAAAACAAAUAAGACUCACAGUUAAAUUUACAACAAAUUUUACUCAAAGUUGCACCUUUUAUACCUGAUUUAUUAUCGAAAACUAGUUUGAAAUUAUUCAACAAUAAUUUAAACAUAGAAAUUAAAUUAUGUGUCAUAUCUUUUACUAUUAGUGCAUCUAUCUUUAUCUUUUUCCCUUGACAUAACCCUUUGACUGUCCCUUUUUUCUUUGCAUACAGCACUUCAUUAAUCUUUGCAGUUCCUAUUUUUACUUCUGAUACCAAAUCCAUCACAUUUGACAUGUAAGGCUCCAUUUCACCCAUUACCAUAUGCUGAGUGCACACCGAGUCCAAAAUAAACUUGUUAAUGUCUGUAGUAGAAGGCACUACACUGCUUAAAGCUAUAAAUGUAAUUUCAUUGGCGGCAUUUGCUUGACUUCCUGUACCUCGACUUUGACCUCUAUUCUGACCUCUAAGAUGACUUCUACGAAAACCUCUUCUACCUCUAAAGUUGCCUCGUAAUGACUGUUGUUUUUUUUAAAUAAUUAACUUAUACUCUUUCUUCUUAUACACUUUUUUAUUUAUCAACUCCAUGUACAAUACAAAUAUUAUUAAUAUAUCAUCUUAACCUUAAUAAUGAAUAAUUCUCGAUAAUUCUCUAUGAUUCUCACUAACUGACUUCUUCUUUUUUUUUUUUUUAUUUUCAUAUAUCUUAACAGUAGGCCAGAAAGUAAAAAAACUAAUACCUAUAUUAUUAAACACAAACCAGAAAAGUAUUAUUUUUAACACCCUCUCUUAAUACUUUUCUAUGAAAUUUCAAAUAUUAUAUUUUGAUUUUUCUUUUAUUAACAUUAAUAAUAAACAAAAUAUCUUAACAUAAAUUUAAAUAAUCUCUAUUCUUAUAAAACUGUCUUUUGUGGAGCCCCUUUGUUAAAAUGUCUGCUACUUGGUUUUUAGUUCCAAUAAAAGUUAAUUCCAUUUUCUUUGUAUUUAAAAUGUCACACACAAAGUUGUAUUUUAUAUCUAUAUGUUUUACACGUUUGUUAUUUUCGGGAUUUUUUUAUCAAAGCUAUACAUCCUUGAUUGUCCUCAUAUAUUUUAAAAUUUUGAAUAUUGACUUUCAUAUCAAACAAUAAUUUCUUAAACCAUAAGCAAUCUUGUACUGCGGAACAUAAUGCCACUAACUCAGCUUCUGAGCUUGAAAGAGUCACACAAUUUUGUUUUCUUGUUACCCACAUCACUGUAUUACCAAAUAA